AUUCGCCCCGUAAUUACCCGGAAGUAGUAUUGGCUAGAAGCCGAUGCUGAGUGAAAUUUGAGAAAUUUCCAUAUUUCUUCGAGUUUUACGUUUGACAGCCGUGACUUUUCAAUUUUUGGAUGUGAAUUGUUGAGUCAUAUAUUCAACAAUGUCUGAGGAGGGCCAGCGUGCCGAAUCAGACGUUAAAACUGUUGCAGAAAUUCUAAAAUCCGAAGGGAAUGACGAGUUAAAAUUUGGUCUGCUAAUCAGCCUUAUCAAGGUGAAUCAAGCUUCUAGCAAAGAUGUGGUCAACACUGUCCUUCAUUUGUUGGUGGGUGGAGAGUUCGAGAUUGAGACGAAUUUUGUUAUACAAGAUCCUCAGAAUAUAUUGCAGAUGCUGACUGCUUUAGAACAAUGCCCAGAUAAUCUACAGGUGAAAUUUUGGGGUGUGUUUUUUGGGGAUGUUGAAGAAGCAGACGUAACCCAAGGCCCUGUACGAGGUUGGGGCUCUUCCAAAGUUAUGGACCUGCUACUGAAAGCUGAAGAAGUUGUUGCAGAUUUGUUGGUUGAUUUGUUGGGUGCCCUGGCAGCUUACAGCAUUACUGUAAAAGAGUUACGCCAGCUGUUCCGGUACCUGAAGGCAGAUGAGGGAACAUGGCCACGUCACUCGGUCAAGUUGAUCUCAGUACUGAAACAGAUGCCACAGAGACAAGGUCCUGAUGAAUUCUUCAGCUUUCCUGGAAAAAAGGGAUCUCCAUUUGACAAGUGUUAUAUUGGAGGAAGCUCACAGAGGGGACGUAGAUAG